AUGGUAGCAAUCAGAGACUAUACACACUCCUCGCAAGCAGAAUUUCAACAUUCAAGUGGAUGGGAUGCCUCUCGUGCUGGAAUUUUCACUGGAUUUCAAUCCGUCAAAGUGACUAAUGGAGUACUCGCGACUAUCCAACCCAGACCAGUACACAAAGAGGCAAAAGACAGAGGGAAAUGGGGUAACAAAUGCGAAUUUGUUCUGGCUACUCUUGGUCUAGCCGUCGGUCUUGGAAACAUAUGGCGAUUCUCAGCACUGGCUUAUGAAAACGGUGGAAGUGCAUUUCUUUUUCCGUAUAUCAUAUUGGUAAUAUUAUUUGGGUUACCAACGUUGUUCCUUGAAAUGGUCAUCGGCCAGUACACGAGCAGUGGUCCGUCGAUGGCCUUCAAACACUACAUGCCGGCCUUACAAGGAAUCGGUUGGUCCAUGGCACUUAUAUCAUAUACUCUUACCUUUUACUAUUGCCUGAUAAUUACAUGGGCCUUUCUGUAUUUACUGUCCUCCUUUACCGGUGGAAUACAUGUAUGGUCAAGUUGUGAUAAUGAGUGGAAUGAUAUAUAUUGCAUAGUAAGAAAUAAAAUGGACGAGUGCAAACAGCAAGACCCUAGCCGUCCCGUUGCCUUCAAUGGGACCUGCAUUGCCACAGUGCCCGGACCGAUGAGAACUCCUUUCGAUCAGUAUUUCACAAAUGUCGUCACAAAAAGAUCCCAAGGAAUCGAGUAUAUUGGCGGGAUAAAUUCGUCUUCGUUGAUUACAUUGGCCCUUAUGUGGCUGCUCUUAUUCCUUAUUUUGAUAAAAGGUUACAAGUACAUGGGGAAAGCUGCUUACUUCACCGCUACAGCUCCGUAUAUUAUCAUUGUCAUUCUCUUCUUGCGUGCAGUAACACUAGAAGGUUCCACCAAUGGAUUAUAUUAUUACUGGGGAAAACCAGACUUUUCAAAGCUUCUUAAUCACCAGACAUGGUCGGCAGCACUUAUCCAGAUAUGCUUCUCUCUAAAUGUCGGCUAUGGUGGCGUUCUUAUGCUUGCCUCGUACAGCAGAAAAAGCAACAACUGUUUUAAGGAUGCGUGGAUUGUUGUCAUUGGUGACUUCCUGAUGAGUGUGUUUGGUGGAGCAACCGUGUUUGCUACUCUUGGUUAUCUUUCUCAUCAGCUUAAAAAACCUAUCGAGGAAGUGGUUUCUAGCGGGCAUUCUUUAGCCUUUGUAGCUUACCCUGAGGCGAUAUCAACAAUGCCGUAUCCAUCAGUUUGGUCCGUAUGUUUCUUCAUGAUGCUGUUCCUCCUAGGCAUCAGUUCACAAGUUGCACUCACUGAGACAUUUGGCACAAGUGUCUCUGAUCAAUGGCCAUCCACUCGAAGAUAUAAAUGGCUUAUAUCGUUAGUAUGCUGCGCCGUAUCUUUCAUUUGUGGCAUUUUAUUCACUACUGAGAGCGGAUUUUUUUGGUUUACCAUAUUCGACAGCUUUUCUGGUUCAACAGGUGCAUGUGUUGUGAUCGUUGGGGAGCUACUAAUAAUUAUGUAUUUCUACGGAUAUCAAAACUUUCGAGAUGACUUGAUUGAGAUGCUUAACCUGCCGGUUGGCACUGAUUCGUCAUUUUUUGGACCUUUAUCGCCGUUGUGGAAAUACGCUUGGAAAAUCACAGCUCCAAUUUCGGGUUUGGCAUUUGGGUGGUUUCUGAGCCUUUCUCCGAUUAUUCCAGUUGUGUUAUGCUUCGUAAUGAACUGCAUGCAGUUCACUGUUGAAGGGAAAUCGUUCCAUGAGUUGUUUACUAUACAACCAACGUUGCCGUCGUACCAGCGAAUAACCGGCAAAUCGCCGGCAGUCGGUGGUGUAUCCAAAUCCAAAUCGCAAACGAGCUCCCAGUCCAAGUCAGAUCAGAGUCAGCAAACAAUGUGA